GCGCACGCGCCGAGCGCGAACUCAGUAGUAGAGCGAUCGUCGAAGGGGUUAGAUUCGCGCGCACCGUUCCGCUCCCCGUCUGUCUCUCCCUCUUCUAUCUCUCGUCACCUGGCUCGGUCUCUCUUUCUCUUUCUCUCUUCGGUCUAUCCACCUUCCCCUCGCAGCCUACCCCUCCUCUCUAUUGUUACCAGCUAACGGUGGACACGUCUCGCGCGGCCGUAAUAAAGGAUCGGCGACAAUAAAUGCGCUGGCCGCCCGCGGGGACGCGCAUUUCCGUACUUUGUGCCGCGUGAGGAGUGCACGCGCGUGGUGCGUGGUCCCGAGGUGUGCGUGCGCGCGUGGAACGUUCCGUCGUGCGUGAAGCCGACCCGUGUCCGUGUCGCGGAUACACAGCGAUACCUUCGACUCGCCUCUUCUUUCGCUCCCCCUCCGCGGAAGGUUCCCGUCCGUAGCCAAAAUGAAGCGCACCACGUUCACUGCCGUAACGUUACUUCUCCUCUGUAUCAUCGGUUGUGCGCAUUCGCAAGAGAAUGUGCCGUCUUCCGACGAUGUGCUGCAGCAGGUCGGCAGCGUGGUCGGCGACAUCCCGGAAUUGAAGGACCUGAACGUGUCGACGCUGCCCAUCGAGGAGGCGAAGAAUCUGUUUAAGGAGAAGUGUACAAAGAACGGCGGACCAAAUGCAUUCGACGAUGCCUAUCGCGCCCAGACGGAGAUGACACAGUGCCUUCAGUCGCUCAUCAACGUCACGGAGCUCCAGGCGGAGAUGGAGAAGUACAAGCCGACCGGCGAUCUGGAUAUCGUCUUCAAGAACUAUUGCAACAAGCGCUCGAUCCUGCGAGGUUGCGUGAACAAUUUCACGCAUACGCUCGAACAGUGUCUGGACGAGACGGAGAGGGAGAACAAGAAGAUAGUGAUGAACAUAACCGACUCGCUGCUCGAAUUUAUUUGCUUUAAGGAAGGCGAUCGAAUCGCCCUUUUUAUAUCGGCUGGAGGACCAGAGUGCUUCCAAUCGAAGCAGCAAGCGCUUCAGGAUUGUGCCAACCGUACGUUCAGUGGUUACAUACCAAAAACUGAUCCCACUAAAAGCUUGAGCCUGGAAAGUCUGCCGUCACUGACUUUCAGUGUCAGAGAAUGCAGGGACAUGACUAUAUUCCAAGGCUGUGCCGUGACGGAGUUGGAGAAGUGCUCGGAUCCCACGCCUGCAAAUAUUGUGGAUUCGAUAUUUAACUUUAUCAGGAGAGUGACGCCGUGCGAGAAUUUACUUAACGCGGAAAGCGCCGCCGCGACUGGCAACCAGUCGUCCGGCGCCUCGCGCAUAAACACCUGUUUCAUCGUGGCGAUUCUCUUUACUAUUUUGUCUCUUGUGAACACUCAACAAUCUGUUGUCCACGUCGCUUGAUUACCUUAGCAACCCCAUAGCGUCAGGAGUAAACGUGGAGAUACGACAAAUAGAGAUAUAUGGAAGUUUAUAUGUACCAGUUGGACAAAACUUAACGUAAGAAUUUAUAGCCGUGGGCAAAGGAUAUGCUUGCAAUUUUUGUUUAAUUUUUCUAAUUAUCAUAUACUUCUUAUUCGUUUACGAAACGAAAUUUAAUUGGAAGUCUUUCUCUCGUUUCAAAAGCAAUACAACUUAAUUUAUGUAAUUGUGUAAUAUCAUUAAUUUUAGGCUGCUUUCCUUCUAGAGAACACAGUCAACAUUUUUGACACAAAUCGACACGUGCCGCUUUCCAUUUAGAAUUUAAUUCAAACUCAAUCGGCACUUUUCGACUUGGAGAGUCGGAGCGUGUUUUUGACCGAAGAAUGCCGAGUAUUUCGACAGAACCUUUUCUUAAGAUCCUGUUCUUUAAAUCUUUGCCAUUUCACAGCGGCAAACUGCGCACGAGUGUUAGCUCGUGUCGAUUUGUGUCUCCUAAAAGGAAAGCAGCUUUAAUAUGCAACUAAUGCGAAUAUUCUUAAACGUCGCCAGCAGUAAUUAACAACAUCGGUGAUUUUUAUUGACCGUAUCUGGCAAUUUCAAUAAUACAGAAAAUUUAUUGUGAAUCCUGGCUGAUUUAAUAUGCAUAUUUGAGUUAUGUUGAAUCCGAAUGUUUUUUUUAAUUUUAUUUAUACAUGUAUGAGAACAUUUACAAUUUAGAUACUCGACUCUUUAUCAAAAGUCAUUAUAAUUUGGCCCUUUCCUUUAAUGGCUACUCAUAUUAAAGUUAUAGAAUAUAUAAAUAUAUUAUUAUAUAUUUUAUAUGCUUGUCCGCGUUUGUUAUAAAUAAGAGUACUUUUAUUUAUGUAAUUAUUUACACCUGUUACUUGCUAUUAUACAAGUAAAACGUCUGACAAGUGAAGUUUUUACUAAGAAGAAAUAAAAAAUAUCACAGUAUAGUAAAACCUGGUUAUACUUGUACUGUGAUGUCACAUUUAAUAUCUAAGUCGUAUUACUAGUAUCAUAUUUAUGUGGAUACAUCUUUUUGUACAUGUUUCAAAAGCCUUAGAUAAGAUUUUACAAUUAGUUAACUUUGUUUCGCAAACAAAAAUCUUGGUUUCAGUAAAUUCAGAUUUCAAUCACGAUCUUUUUUUUUCUUUUAGAGAACAAUUUGCUUCUCCAGGGAGAUAACAGUGGCACAUUUUACAAACGUUGAUCAAUUGUGAUGCUAGUUCGUAAAAAGCUUUUCCUACUUCGUACGGUCGAGAAAUAAAUCAGUAUUGUUCGUAAAACGGUUUAGAAUUAAUAAACUCCGCACAACAUUUCUACCGGUUUAAGAUGCAAACACGCGUUACGAUCACAAGUUGAAUUAAUAUAAAACUACAAGUGCGAUUUAAGUUACGGCAAGUGUAUCUUAAACCAUAGUUUAAGUACCAAAGUGUUUGUAAUUUACUCUGUUAAGGCAGUGUAUUUAAUAAACUCAGUACCUUGUUUACAACCAA